UCAGGCUUUGGGGGAGGAUUACUGGAACUGCUGGGGAGCAUGAAGGCAGAAAAGGAGAUGGAAGCGCCCUCGCCGCCCGCCCUCGCCGCUAGGGAAGUGGGCUAAUGAGAAACACACUCUUGCAGGCACAGUGUUCACACGUGAAUUUAAUUACCCCGUUUUUUGGAGUCGAGGCUUUCCGUUCGGAUUUGGGGUGGGUUUUUUUUUCUUCCAACUACCAGAGGCCUUUUAAUUUAACCCUGCAAGACUCUGAGGGGUGAGAAAUGCCCUCCUCAAUGUGGCCAAGCUAAGGAAUGGGAUUAAAGUCAAUGCCCCGUGCCCCUCCCCGCUUUAAUAUCUAGCCCUGGACUUGAGCUGCGGUCGCCCAGCUUCGGGCUGUCCGGCCUGGUGAAAACCGAGGCGGGGCCCGGGGCAGUGGCCAGAAAGGAAGGAAGGAGGGAGCCCUGAAGAACCCAUCCUGGGCGGCGAGGCCGACCGCUCCCGUGCGGGCCUCGCAGUUCCCGGAGCCCCGCGGUCUGUGCGGCGGGGCUGCCUUCUCGCAAGCCGAUCUCGCCCUCCACGGAGGCUGCCUCGUGGGUUUUUUUUUUUUCCCUGCAGGCUCGGGUUGGGGGAACGCGACAAACUUGCCGAGCUCAGCGUGAGGGCCUUUGGGGUCGAGGCACAGUUUUGGGUCUCCCGCUGCGUUCGCCUGGGUCUCCUCCUGAUUCCCCGCAGAGGACUCGUCGGGCGCGGGGGCGCGCGGGGGCGCGGGGCCGGGACCGAACCCGCGGCACAACCAGGCCCUCCAACCCUUGGCUGCUGGGACGGCUGGCCGCUCCUCGGUGGAGCGCUCGCUGGAGGCGCAGCGGGCGAAGCUAGGAGCUAGCUGCCCGGGUGUCCUGGGAUCCCAUGGGGGCAGAUUUCAGGGCCCCACAAUAGGCAGUGCCCUCUCCAGGGCCUGUCGCUGCCCAGCGCACUCGGGCAGGGGCGGUGGUGACUCAGUUUGGGACGGAUACUGCGUUGAAUUUGACUUUUCGCGGCCCGUCCGGGGUAAACUCGCAUCUCCCGGGACUGCAGGGAUUAUUUACAGGGAGCUCGCCGACCAAACACAACACUCUAAUUUAACCUUUCCAAGUCCUCGUAAAUUUUUACAGCUGGGAGCCACGGCGAAGCAAACGAAUCUGUGGGUCGUUCCCAACUUUUCCACCGGCCUGUGUGGCUUCUGAAACAAUAACUCCUUAUGAAAUAUCAUAAAUAUAGAUUUAAAUACAGUAGAGCGAGAAUGCGAUUUGGCUGCUUUUUUAUGGCUUCAAUUAUUGUCUAAUUUUAUGUGAGGGGCUCCACUGGCCGCACUCGCACGCGGGACCCGCGCCUUGCUGAUGGCGUGAUUAAUUGUGAUAUAAAAUAGUCCGCUUAAGAAGUGUGUGUCUGGUGGUGGCGGUGGGAGGGGAGGGAGUACAGAGGCAAGGCCAGAUUUGAUCUUUUAAUCUUCGUUGGCCACAAUUAAAACAAACCCGAUCGUGGAGCGCCGCGAUCCCUUUGCAUAAAAACAUAUGGCUUUUGCUAUAAAAAUUAUGACUGCAAAACACCAGGCCAUUAAUAGCGUGCGGAGUGAUUUACGCGUUAUUGUUCUGCCGGGCGGGCACGUGACGCGCGCGGCCAAUGGGGGCGCGGGCGCCGGCAACUUAUUAGGUGACUGUACUUCCCCCCCCCCUGGUGCCACCAAGUUGUUACAUGAAAUCUGCAGUUUCAUAAUUUCCGCGGGUCGGGCCGACCGGCCAGGCGCGGGGCACAGCGAUGGCCACCACCGGGGCCCUGGGCAACUACUACGUGGACUCGUUCCUGCUGGGCGCCGACGCUGCGGACGAGCUGGGCGCGGGCCGCUACGCGCCGGGGGCCCUGGGUCAGCCUCCCCGGCAGGCCACCGCGCUGGCGGAACACCCCGACUUCAGCCCGUGCAGCUUCCAGUCCAAGGCGGCGGUGUUCGGCGCCUCGUGGAACCCGGUGCACGCGGCGGGCGCCAACGCGGUGCCCGCUGCCGUGUACCACCACCAUCACCACCACCCCUACGUGCACCCCCAGGCGCCCGUGGCGGCGGCGGCGCCGGACGGCAGGUACAUGCGCUCCUGGCUGGAGCCCACGCCCGGCGCGCUCUCCUUCGCGGGCUUGCCCUCCAGCCGGCCUUACGGCAUUAAACCUGAACCACUGUCCGCCAGAAGGGGUGACUGUCCCACGCUUGACACUCACACUUUGUCCCUGACUGACUAUGCUUGUGGUUCUCCUCCAGUUGAUAGAGAAAAACAGCCCAGCGAAGGCGCCUUCUCCGAAAACAAUGCUGAGAAUGAGAGCGGCGGAGACAAGCCCCCCAUCGAUCCCAGCAACCCUGCUGCCAAUUGGCUCCAUGCGCGCUCCACGAGAAAGAAGCGCUGCCCCUACACCAAACACCAGACGCUGGAACUGGAGAAAGAGUUUCUGUUCAACAUGUACCUUACCAGGGACCGCAGGUACGAGGUGGCCCGACUGCUCAACCUCACCGAGAGGCAGGUGAAGAUCUGGUUUCAGAACCGCAGGAUGAAAAUGAAGAAAAUCAACAAGGACCGGGCAAAAGACGAGUGAUUCGAACGGAGUUCAUUUAGAAAAGAGAGAGCGAGCGAGCUAGAGAGAACGAGAAAGAACUGCCCGAUCCCUUCUCCCCCCCCCCCCCAUUCCACCCCAGGCCUCCACCACCCCGCACAAAGCGGCUCUAAACUCCUGGCCUCCUCUCCCCCUGGCAAACCCUGCUCUGGCCGGCUCCUCCGCCUGCCGCUUUGAUGGAGGAGGUAUUGUAAGCUUUCCAUUUUCUAUAAGAUGAAAAAAGGUGGGGGGACAUUAGCGCUGAUGGCUGUGUGUGCUGGCUUGUAUAUAUUUUUUAAACAAUCUACCUGUUCCUGACUUCAAACAAACAAACAAACAAAAAAACUACCUUUUUAUAAUGCACAACUGUUGACUGGCGGGCUGUAUAGUUUUUAGUCUGUGUAGUUAAUUUAAUUUACUCUUUGUGUGGCAGAGCGAUCUGCCCAGAUACUUGAACACUGUGUUUUAUUGUGGUAAUUAUGUUUUGUGACUCAAACUUCUGUGCUGGGUGAUGCACCCGUUGUGAUUGUGAAAGCUUAGAAUUCAAUUUCAACUCAGGUUGUUGAUGAGGGAGAAAAACAGUUGCAUAGAGUAUAGCUCUGUAGUGGAAUAUGUCUUCUGUAUGACUAGGCUGUUCACCUUUGACUGUAAACUAGCUGUAAGGAUUUCUCAGUGAAAUAAAAUUUUAAAAGAAAGAAAGUGUUCUCCAGGAUGCAUAGAUUCAUGGUUUUUCUCUUCUUUUGAAAUGUGGGCAUUUUAGUCUCUACAUGCUCUAUAGACCUGUCUUGUCCAUUGUAUAUAUAAUCCACAUAUUAAAGAAAAAGUAAUCAGACAAGCUUGAAUAUUGUUUUUGCACCGGAUGAACAUUGAGGAAAUUCGGAGCUAUACAUAUGUGCAGAAGGUUACUACCUAUGGUUUACAUUUAAUUUUAAUUGGGGGGGGGAAUGAAUGCUUAUUGUAAUGGAGUUAAUUUUAUUGAUAAUAAAUUAUACACUAUGAAACCGCCAUUGGGCUACUGUAGAUUUGUAUCCUUGAUGAAUCCGGGGUUUCCAUCGGGCUGAACAUACACUGUAUAUUUUGCAAUAUUUACCUCAAGGCCUACUGACCAAAUUGUUGUGUUGAGAUGAUAUUUAACUUUUUGCCAAAUAAAAUAUAUUGAUUCUUUUCUAUUUA